ACAGGCGAGACGCUUGAAGAUGGUGCAGAAGCACCAAAGAAGACGCCAAUCGUUCGUGAGGGAAAAUUGAAACGAACUGAUUUACCGCUUCAUCCUCAGAUCAAACAGAAAGGAAAUGAGCGAACGGAUAAGGUGAAGCCAAAAAAGGUGAAAGGAAGUGUUUUGGCCGUAAAACGAAUGUCCAAAAAGAAGGCUCGUAAACUGUUAAGGGCUCAUCAACGUGAGCAACGCACCAGAGAACGUAUUGCAUCCGCAAUGGAAGUGUGA